AUAAUUUGACAAAUCAGUGGCAACAUUCCAAUUUUCAAUUAAAUUCAAUUUGAAUUUAUACCAAUAUUACCAAUUUUACCAUUUGGAAUUUGGAAGUUCUAACGUAAUCGAGAAGCGUGUAUAGUAUGUUUUGUUUAUACUAUUAGUGCCGCGUUUUUUUUUCACGUAAGAAAUACCAAUUUAAAAGUCCAUUGAUUUUAAUGUAAAAAGGGUAAAAACGUGCCAAUUGACUACCAUUAUUUAUUUAAAGAAUGGCAGUAUUGGAAUUGAGCCCGAAAGCCAAGGCAAAAUUGCCCAAGAGCAUGAAAGACACGUUGCUGGUCGCUCAGGAUCUGAGCUAUGCCAGAAAUUUGGCUGCUAAUGAUGGAAAAGUACGAAAUAGAUCGUUAAAAUACCUGAGAAAGUACUUGGCGCAAAGAUCUAAAGCUAAUCCUCUUACAGAAGACAGCCUUCUUAUUCUUUGGAAAGGUCUCUUCUAUUCCAUGUGGAUGUCAGACAAACCUCUAGUUCAAGAAGAAUGUGCCGAAAACAUUGCACAUUUAACACAAUGCCUUCCAUUAGAGGAAGCCAUGCAAUUUUUUAAAAUUGGUUUAGUUACAUUGCAAAAUGAAUGGGUUGGUAUUGAUCAGUUGAGAUUAGACAAGUUUAUGAUGUUUGUAAGAAGACUUCUAAGACAAGCAUUAGUCGCUCUCAAAAACAGCAAUUUCAAAAAACAUUCCAAUCAAUUAUUUGCAAAAAUCUUAGAGGAAACUAUUUUAUCCUCUACUAAACCAGUCCCUUUAGGGCUAUUUAUGCACUUCACUGAAAUUUAUUUGGAAGAGUUAGCAAAAAUAUCUGAUGGUGCUUUGCAAUCAAACAGAACAAUAGAUUUUUUACAACCAUUUAUCGAAAAGUUGGCUUUUGCAAAUGAUAACAGAACAAUACAGUGGAUUAUUAAAUUUGUUUUCACUCAUUUAAUGAAGCAACACAAGUUGGGGCUCGAGUAUGAUAUAAAAUAUCAAAUUUGGAAAGAGCAAGGUUUUGUUGGUUCGAUCAACCAAAUCCAGAAGGUACGGAUGGAUCCAGAAGAUUCUGAUGAGGAUAUUGCUGAAGCGCCUAAAUCACAAUUAAAUAAACCUUUAGAUCCGAGAGCUGGUAAAGUGGAUGUUGAAUUGCCACAAAUCCAGUUUAAUUGUAAAGAAAUUUCUGAGGCUUUAUUGCUACCCAAAAGUGAUCCUAGGACUUCUAAAAAUACUAGAAAUCAUUUAACUAUUUGGUCUGAGAAGUUUCUUCAACUGCAUAAUGGAGUUUACCCGUUAGGACUUAAGAAAUUGGAGUCUAAGAAACGAAAAGAUUUAGACAAAAUUGACACACACAUAGGUAGAGCAGCUAAAAGGCUAAUCAAGUUUGAUCAAAAACUUUUGGCUAGAGAUAACAAGGAAAAGAAACGGAAAAGAGAUGACUCUGAAAGUGAAGAAAAUGUUGGCUUGGAAGAGUUAAUUGUAAAAAAGAAACAAAAGAAAAAUGUUGACAAAAAAAUUAAGACUUCUGUUUCUGUGAAUGAUAAUAGUAAAUUGACAAAGGCUUCAAAAAAAAAUAAGUCUUUAGAAUUGAAGCAGAAGGUGCAGAAAGAUGUUCGGAUAAAUAAAAUUAAAAAAAAGAAAUCACAUAUGCUAGAAAAUGGAACAAAUGGCAUAAUAGAUGAAUAUAAUUAUUGUUUCGAAAGAAACUCUGGUGUUUGGUACGUUACUCCCGAAGUUGAAGACAAAAACAAAAAUAAUCAAUCAUCACCGCAAAAAGACGCAGAAGAUACAUGGGAAGACGGCGAAUACGAAAUAUUUGUACCUUCAAAGAAAUUCGUCAAAAAAAUCAAGAAGACCAAGAGCCCAGAGGAAGUGGAACAAGUUUUGAGCAAUCUAAGAGGAAAAAGUAGGACGAGUCUGAAUAAGCUAAAACAGGAAGUUACUACUAGAAAACAAACUUCUAGCCCAAAGAAAGUCAUAAUCAACACGAAGUUGAACAUUUCCCAAGAAAUUGACGAUCACAUAUCACAAGUGAUCGCUUCGCCACAGGCCCCUUGGGACAGCAGUAAAAAGCCAGGAAAACCUUUGUUGAAAACUCCCAUUAAACCUAGUCCCAUUAAUCCGUUUUAUAAACUCAAAAGGUUUUAGGAAUGUUAAAUUUGAAUGCGUUUUAGCGAUAAUAUUAAGUUUGUGACACAUUUAGUCCCUUCAUGUUCAUGGCAAUACCAGAUAUAGCUGAAAAUAUGUUCAUUUCAUUUGUGCUUUCAAUAGUAUUUUCUGGUCUGAUGAUACCAUGAAGAGACGGAAUGGGCCGUGAAAUGAUUUAUUAUAGCAUUUUUGACUUUAAAAUAUUUUAAUUGUUUAAUUUGUUCUAUUUGAAAAAAUAUUUUGACAUAUUGUUUGAUCAGUAUAAUGGAGUUUUUUUAUAGUAGGUUUACAAAUAUUUUGUCAAUAAGGUUGAUACAAUAAACAUUCAGAAAAAAAAAAUAUAUAUUAUUGAUUUUUUUGCCUGCAAAUUAUUGGGAAAUAUUGGAAUUUUAUGUUAUACAAAAAAUAUGUAUAAAAAAAAAUCACUAUCAUCUAAAAAGGACAAUUUCAAAUAAAUAAAACAAACAUCUUAAGUAACCCAUUUUUUUUAAUGUUAAAAAAAAAUUAAACCUACAUAAUAUGCACAAACAAAAUUACUAUUGGCAUAAACGAAAAUCAAAACAGGCGCUCCCUGGGAAAACUUACAUAAUAUUAUAAUAUAUAAUAACCCGAAAACAUUUAACUAAAUUACUUGCCUAAUUAGAUUUUUAGAUAAAUAUGUACAUUUAGAAUUUGUACAAAAAAAAAAAUAGAUUCAAGUUUAUGUACCUAUGCACAUAAAAAAAAACUUAACUAUAUUAUAAAUCUAAAUUAGACCAAUCUGAAUCUGAGUUUGAUGAUAUAGAAGCAUCCGCGGCUACGGGAGAAUCCAAUAUUCCGUAAGGACUCAC